AUGUGGGCCUUCCUGGUGAGACCUGAGUGCAUCCUGUGCGUGUCUUCAGCCUUCCUAGUGUUGGCUCAGCUAAGAUACAAUCUCCCACCCAGGAUUAAUCAAACCCACCUGACCCCCUUCCACUUGAAAGAUCGCACUGAAGGUCUGAAAGUUAAGGGCUCAAACUUCACACUAGGUGGGUUUCCGUUCCUGAUUGUAGCAGGCACUGUGCACUACUUCCGGGUGCCAAGGGCAUACUGGAGGGACCGCUUGCUGAAGUUGAAGGCUGGUGGCUUCAACACUGUCACCACGCAUGUUCCCUGGAACCUCCAUGAGCCAAUGAAAGGACGAUUUUCUUUCACUAGAAAUUUGGAUUUAAUGUCUUUUAUGCUCACAGCCACAAAUGUGGACCUGUGGGUUAUUCUGUGUCCGGGACCUUAUGUUGGUGGAGACCUAGACCUUGGCGGUUUGCCCAGCUGGUUACUACGAGAUGCAAAAAUGAGACUGAGAACAACAUAUAAAGGUUUCACCAAAGCAGUAAAUAAGUACUUUGAUGAGCUGAUUCCCAGAAUAGCACCAUUUCAGUUCCACAAAGGCGGUCCUCUCAUUGCUGUGCAGUUAGAGAAUGAAUAUGGUUCCUAUCAUAAGGAUAAAAAGUACAUGCACUAUAUCAAACAGGCCUUGGUGAAAAGAAAGAUCCAGGUGCUGUUCCUGACUGCUGAUGAAGGACAAAAUGUGAUAAAAGGCCACUUAAAAAAUGUGCUUGCCACUCUCCAUAUGAAGCAUAUCAGCAAAGAAACUUAUGAAAAUCUAUUUAAGUUUCAGGGUCUUAGUCCUAUAAUGAUGACAGUAUAUACAGCAAGCUCUUUUGAUAGAUGGGGUGUUGUCCGCCAAACUCUUGAUUUGCAUAUGACUAUGAAAGAAGUGCAUGAAAUGGUCAAUAGUCAGUUUUCUCUGAACUUCUAUAUGUUCCAUGGUGGUACUAACUUUGACUUUAUUGGAGGAGCUAUAUAUUCACCACACUAUACUCCUAUGGUCACCAGCUAUGACUAUGGGGCACUGCUCACAGAGGAUGGAGACUACACACCUGAGUACUUCGCAUUUCAAGAGUAUUUUAGCUCUGUUCUAGUGGUUCCUCGAGAUCUACAACCAGAAAUUGAACAUAAGGCAGCAUAUAGGUCAGUGAAGCCAUCACACUAUUUACCACUGUGGGAUAUCUUACCCCACAUGAACAAGCCAUUCCACUCUGACAAGCCAAUCUGCAUGGAAGAGCUGCCUGUGAAUCAAGAUAGUGGUCAGUCCACAGGAUACACACUUUAUGAGACUUCCAUCUCCACAGGAGGUAUUCUCAAUUCAAGGGAUCAUAUUAAAGAUCGAGCCCAGGUGUUUUUGGACCAAAACUACAUAGGAGUCCUGGAUUGCUCCAAUGACGAACUGACUCUUCCUUUAAAAAAUGGCUACAAGAACUACUGGACUCUAAGUAUCCUGGUGGAGAAUCAAGGCCGGGUAGCCUAUGGGCUGGAUAUCAAUAAGGAGAGAAAAGGUAUAACUGGGAAUCUCUAUCUGAAUAAUUCUCCAUUAAGGAAAUUUAAGAUCUUCAGCCUGGAUAUGAAAGCUAAAUUCAUCCAAAGGGACCUUCCUAACAAGUGGAAAGCAGUCCAUAAUAAUGUUCUGGGCCCUGCCUUCUUUCUCGGUUACCUGAGAAUUGGUCACACUACUAGAGACACUUUCAUAAAAUUGGAGGGUUGGAAAAAAGGAGUCAUUUUCAUCAAUGGACAAAACCUAGGGCGCUACUGGGAGGUAGGUCCCCAGGAAACUCUUUACCUCCCAGGACCUUGGCUUCAACCGGGAAAAAAUGAGAUUAUCAUCUUUGAGGAAUUUAAAGCUGGGCCUGACAUCCAGUUCACAAAUAUAUCCAACCUUGUUAUAGACACCAGGAAGAUGGGCCACUUAUAUGCUGUUAAACCAAACUCAGUCUGUUUUAACUUCCUGACGCGCUGCGCCAAAGACUUGCGGCAGGAGACUGGAGCUGGUGGCCACUCCCACCUUCCCCGAGCAGCGCCUAGCCUCUGCUUACGUUACCAGGUGCUCUGUACCCGCCCAACAGCCCCAGGCCACUUUGAACGCCAGCGCACUGAGGUGCAGCGGAGAGCAGCCAGAGUCAGUCAGGCACCGCGCGGCUGCAGGCGGCGAGGGCGGUACAGCUGCACCAGGGACCUGCUUUCCACUCCGCGCAACAUGAGCUCUCUGACUUUCCUCAGGUGA